GCAAACGCUGAUCUCAAUCGGAACGAACGGCGGAGAGCCGAAAAACAAAAUACCAAAUAUUUGAAAGAAUUUUCACUGACAGCGUUAUCGGCGGAAAGGCAGCAGAAUGUCGUUUUCUACACUGAAGAAUCCUCAUCUAAGUGAAAUGAAGACUGAUUAUCUAUAUCACUUGAACAUUGAUGUGACCGAUACCCAGAACACGAGUGAUAUUCAACAACGAUUCGGAGAUAUUAAGGUUAUAUGCGCUGGUGGCACUGCCCAACGCAUGCGAGAUCUGGCAAUAUAUUUGCAGCCUAUAUUUGGAAUAACUGGCAAACCGGUUGACCUAUGCGAGAGUGGACAUCGCUAUGCUGUCUUCAAGGUGGGGCAGGUCUUGUGUGUCAGCCAUGGCGUUGGGUCCUCUACAUUCUCCGUUGUGCUGCACGAGCUGCUAAAGCUGGUCAGGUAUGCCAAGUGUAAGGAUCCCGUAUUCGUGCGAAUCGGCACUUGCGGCGGCCUAGGCAUUGAGCCAGGCACUGUCGUUGUCAGCAAGGAUGCCUACAAUGGUUACUUAGAGAAUGUGCAUGAGAUCCCCAUUUUGGGAAAGCGCGUGGAGCGACCCGCCAGCUUUCCCCAGGACAUUAUCGAUGACAUUUUAAAGUUUGGCGCACAAAGUAACGAUGGCUUCGCAAUCAUAAGUGCAAAUACCAUGUCAACAGACUGUUUCUAUGAAGGUCAAGGACGCACCGAUGGUGCUGUGUGCGAGUACACCGAUGAAGAUAAGAUGAAUUUCCUCAAGAAGGCAUACGGCAAGGGUAUUCGCAAUAUCGAAAUGGAGGCCACCAUGUUUUCCUCAUUGACUCAAUUGGCUGGAGUCAAGGCUGCGAGCAUUUGCGUAGCACUAAUAAACCGCUUGAACGGCGAUCAGGUUUCUAUCACAAUGGAGCAAAAAAAAGAAUUUGAGCAACGUCCCUUUGUGGUUGUGGAACGUUAUAUUAAACAUCUGCUCAACAAGUAAACUUUAUUUGUGUAUAGUUGAAA